CAGUCCUUACAAGCCUCGACUAACAAACCCUCUGGGAAAUUCUCGUGCCUCCAAUCUGGAGAAUUCGAGAGACGACCUACGAUUGACGACCAUUCUUUCCAAUACUAACCCUUGAUCGCGACCAGUCACAAUGGCGAUCAAGCACAACAACCAGAUUCAGCACAACCAUUUCCGAAAGGAUUGGCAACGACGGGUCCGAACCCACUUCGACCAGCCGACCAAGAAGAUUCACCGUCGCUCUCUGCGCCGUGCCAAGGCUGCUGCCGUUGCUCCCCGACCCGUCGACAAGCUACGACCAGUCGUCCGAUGCCCUACCAUUAAGUACAACCGUCGCGUUCGCGCUGGACGUGGUUUCACCCUAGCCGAGUUGAAGGAAGCCGGUAUCCCCCGCCUUGUAGCGCCCACUAUCGGUAUCUCCGUCGACUACCGACGACAGAACCUCAGCGAGGAAUCCCUCGCGGCCAACGUUGCCCGUCUUAAGGCUUACCAGUCCCGAUUGAUCGUCUUCCCCCGCAAGGGCGCCAAGCACCCCAAGGCUGGCGACAGCAAGGACAUCGACCUAUCCAAGACCGAGACCGUUUCCACCCUCGGAUCUGCCCUACCUAUCAUCCCUGUCGGCGAGGGUAUCAGCGAGAUCAAGAAGAGCGAACUACCCAAGCCUAUCGAGGGCGGUGCUUACACCGCGCUUCGCAAGGCCCGAAGCGAAGCAAGACUACGUGGUGCGCGGGAGAAGCGAGCCAGGGACAAGGCCGAAGCGGAGGCCAACAAGAAAUAAGAUGGACGAGGAUCUGCACGGGAGUACGGACGGCAUUCUUAGGGUUCUGCUUUCGUUGUGUCGUUGGACGGUCACGGUGGGUUGGCUUGCGGUUUCUGUGUAGCCAAGAGAGGAAUAGAUAUCAUCACUCUCUCGCCACAUACACAUGGGCCGAAGCAUUAUUGCAUCUUCCGGUUUGCUCUAGGUCGUUCUCAAUGGAAAAAUGAAUGGACAUGAUUAUA